UCCGCCUCCAUUUCGCUCCUUCCCCCUUUCUCUGUCCUCUAGGGUUUCGUUCUCGAUUUCGAGGGUCUCGGCGAUUCCCAUGCUGGUUCCGCCAUGAUCUCCGUCAUGAACGAGUGCGAGAUCCCGCGAGAACCCUCCGCCGCCUCCUCCACCACCGCUGCGUCGGACCUCUCCUUUGGGAUUGAGAGCCCUCACCAAGCCCCUAAGGUUGGCGACGAUGGCGCCUCGGGCGAAGCCAUGGUUCCGAUCGAUCUCGGCAACUCCGACAAGCUGACCGGCGCAUCGGAUGCCGAGAUGGAGAUGGACGAAGCUGGGGUUUCCGAAUUGAAGAGCCCCGACGCCGGAUUCGAGCGACCGGAAGCUAGGGCUUCCCUCGAAUCUAUGGUUCCCGAGGCCUCCUUGGUUCCUUACGUCGCUAGGGUUUUGGAGGGUCCAGAUGGUAAGGAGUGGAUGCAGGGGUUCCGGGUCGGCGACAUGGUGUGGGGGAAGGUGAAGUCUCAUCCGUGGUGGCCCGGCCACAUCUUCAACGAGGCGUUCGCGUCGCCGGCGGUUCGCCGGACGAGGCGGGAGGGCCACGUCCUCGUCGCCUUCUUCGGCGACAGCAGCUACGGCUGGUUCGAGCCCGCCGAGCUCAUCCCCUUCGACCCCCACUUCCUAGAGAAGUCGCACCAGACGGCUUCCAGAAACUUCCAGAAGGCCGUGGAAGAAGCAGUCGACGAGGCGAGCCGGCGAGCCGCACUCUCCGUCACCUGCUGCUGCCGGAACCCCAACAACUUCCGGCCCACCGGAAUCCCUGGCUACGUAUUCGUGGACGUGGCCGGCUAUGAGCCUAAUGGAAUUUACUCUGAGAGGCAGAUCGAGAGUGCGAGGAAUAGCUUCAAUCACAAAGAUAUUGUUUCCUUUGUUCAUGACUUAGCUUUGGCGCCGAGGAGCACGGUGGAUCGAGACGUAGGCUUCAUUAGGAACGUGGCAAUGCUGAUGGCUUUUAGGAAAGCAGUGUACGAGGAGUUCGAUGAGACCUAUGCCCAAGCUUUUGGGGUAGAGCCCGUGCGGCCGUCGCGGAAUGAGUUAGGUGUUGUGGAUCAGCCUGGGACAUUCGCGCAAAGAGCUGCUCCUUUGGCUGGUCAACUGAAAAUAGCAGAAACAGUGAAACCUUCCCACCGUCCUGCUCCUCCGGCCACAGUUUUUAAAACUGCUACAGCCACCGUCACAAAUAAAGCGGCUUUCAAGCAUCCCAGCUCCACCUCUCCCUCUCCCUCUACAUCUACCUCUGCUUCUGCCUCUACCAUCACCACCACCACCACCACUGCAGCGACUAAAAAGAAGAAGAACAAAUACGUGCUCAAGCGAAGGGACGGCGACCUCCGCCCUCCUCUCCCCGACCUCCGCCUCCCUCCCCCUCUCCCCGGCCCCGUUCCCACUCAACCCCUCGUCUUCGCCGAUUCGUCACAAUCAUCACCAUCGCCGUCCUCCGCUCUGCUCCUCGCCGAUGCCGCCGCCAGCGGUGGCAGCGGCUACGUGCUCCAGAAAAGACCCCCUCCUCCUCCUCCUCCUCCUCCUUCUCAGCUGCCGCCUCCCUACUACCCUGGAGGAUCCGAUGGCGGAAGCUUCCUCCCUCAAGGGGGGGCCCAGGAGCAGAGCAAUCGGAGGGCGUUCGACGGAAUGCCUGUCAGGAAGGAAAAGGCCCCGAAGCGCCCCAGAGAGGAUGAGGCCGCCGCCACCGGGGACGCUAAGAAGAAGAAGAAAAAGAAGAAACGGACGGACCUUCCCGCUGCGGCCGGGGCCUCUGCUUCCGAGCAUCUAUCGGUGGCUAAAAAGUUUGAGGAGUCUCAAAACACAGCGACAGGUGGUGUUCAGCUUGGAAGUUUGUUGAACUCUGCUGCUGCCCAAUUGUUGCCGAAACUGGAUGCCAAUUCUCUCAAUCUGGAUCUGCCGCAGAUCUUGAGUGACUUGCAAGAACUAGCUCUUGAUCCGUUCCAUGGGAUCGACCGCGACGCCCCGUCUAUCGCGCGCUACGUCUUCCUCAAGUUCCGCUCUCUGGUCUAUCAGAAAAGCCUCCCUUCCGUGGUGCCCGGCGAACUCGAUUCCGGUAAACCGACAGCCGGUCAGCCCCCGCCGGCGAGAGAUGAGAGACAACACUCUGCCCCAGGCUCGAAACUUUUGAAGAUGAUUCCAAGGCCCGACGACCCCACGAAGGGCGGCAAGAAGCGGAUCCCAUCCGAUCGGCAGGAGGAGAUGGGCGUGAAGAAGCAGAAGAAAAUCGCCCAGAUCAAGUCGAUGGCCACCGAGAAGAAGGCUGGGAUCAGCCAGAAGCCGCCGGAGGCGGAUCCGCGAGAACAGAAGGAGGCAACAAGCGCAUCUGCCGCGAAGGCGGAGCCCGUCAGGAAGAAGCAAGAGCCGCCGCCUCCGAAGGUCCCCUCUCCGACUGCAUUGAUGAUGAAGUUCCCCCCGAGAACUACGCUGCCGUCGAUCGCGUCCCUGAAGGCGAGGUUCGCACGGUUUGGGCCGCUCGAUCUGGCAGGCACUCGCGUCUACUGGAAGUCGCAUUCGUGCAAGGUCAUCUUCAAGUUCAAGACCGACGCGGAAACCGCGCUCAACUACAUCAAGAACAACGACCUCUUCGGGCAGGUUAAGGUACACUCCUAUAUCCGAGACGUCGAAGCAGACCCCUCCGUCGAUCUCAGUCUGGUCCGGCCAGAGUCGCGUCCUGCAGCCGAUGCUCCACCCUUCAAACCACCAGGAAAUAUCAGUAGCAGUGGCAAUGGCAACGGCAACGGCAAUGGUGGCGGUGGUAGUAGUAGUAGUAGUAUAUUAGGUCCUGCACCGUCUCUGCAGCAGGCGCGGCUUCCUGUGACCCAACCGAAAUCCAUUCUCAAGAAGCCUGGGGACGAACUCGGCCCUGCUGCAGGUAGCACCGCGAGAGAUGCCCCGCGUGUUAAAUUCUUGUUAGAUAAUACCGGCGGCGAUAAGGCCGAACCGCCUUCUAUGGUUAGUGGUAAUGGCAAUGGCGGUAGUUCUACGGACGGUCGCGCGUCUUCUAUUCCGUCUGUAGAUCCUCCUGCGACAAAGAACAACCCCAGAUCAGUUAGCUUCAAUACUCUGCAACCGCCGCCGCCACCUCUUACCCGGCCCUCUUCCUCGCUUCCUUCUCGCAUCCCACCACCAACACAGCCUUUAGCAUCAGCUGCACUCCCACCGCGCGGCAGUGAUGGGUUAAUCCCAGCUCCGCGCGGGCUCGUGCGCGGGCUGGUCCGUCGAGCCAGGCUCAGCUACACCACGAUGAGCCGUUUGUCGAGUUAGAAGAUAGGAACAAGCAGAGCAUCGACUUCUCACUCCAAAUGAUGAGCCUUUUGCGACGGUGCAGUGAGGUCGUGGGCUCGGUCGUCGCUCUGGGCCACAUGCCGUACCGUCCCCUCUAAACCGGCGCCAUGGGGCUCCAACCGUGUUGAGUUCUGGGAAGCUAAUGAGGAUGGUCGCAGACAGAAGAUGGGAAGAUGGGAGGCAAAGAGAGACAACGUGAUGUGGGUAUUGAACUUCCCGGAAUGCGCCUGUUAGCGCCCGUUAUUGUGUUUGUUGUAUCUGCUGCUUAGCUUUUUUUGAGGAUGGGUUUUUUUUUUUUUUUUUUUUUAACUUUUAUUUUGACUGUGUGUGUUUGGUUUUAGUAUUGUAACUAACUACUGAGUAGAAGGACAAAGCCACUUCACCGUUGGUCGGUGUCUCCAUGUUCUAUUGUGCUUAA